GUAUAACCCGCCUGCAGCGCCUUUCCCCCAUAUAGCAGGGUGCUGCCCUGCAGCUGCUUCACCUGUAACUUGCAAGCUUGCAACACGUUAAGCAGGACACCGAUCAACGUGUCCAUCCUCUCUUUGUCUUCCUCCCUUGGGCUUUGCCCGCGUAAGACGCAGUUGCUCUGUUCAUUUGAAUCUGUGCAUAUUAUAGAGCAAGGAUGACAGGGGACUUGGCGGCGGGAACGCCCGGUCCGCCCGGCAAGCCAGCCGUGCUGGCAAAGGGCCUGGAGCGAAUCUUACUACUUAAGCGUGUUACGGGCGUAAGCAGAUUGGACGUAUGGCCAUUCCUCGUGCUAUAUGCGCUGAUCCUGGUCAAGACGUUCUAUCACGCGAGCCGGUUUGAAUGGGAGAUGUUCACGUACCACUGCUAUGGCAUGGCGGGAGCCGCGGUUUUGAACAUUCUGACACAUCUGUUCACGCACUGGAGCAUCCGCUUCCGCGCGUAUGCCUCCACGGCUGCGAUUGCGGACAUCGACGACGGGGAGUGCGUCCUGGUGGUGCCCGUCAAGUUCAAUGGCAGCACAGAGCUGGUGCCGCUGGAUCGGCGGAUCGUGAAGGAGGGCAUCACGGAAACGGAGGAGCUGAGCUUUGACUUCCGGCGGCAACGCUUCGUGUACGACCCCUCCCGGCACGCCUUUGAGAAGCUGAGGUUCCCGGACAAGGAGACGUUUGAGUUCUACGGCAAGGCCAGCGGCCACGGCUCAGAGGCCAAGCAGCUGGCCGCGUUUGACCGCUACGGCCCCAACAAGGUGGACGUGCCGCUGCCGGCCUUCAGCGAGCUGCUCAAGGAGCACCUGGUGGCGCCCUUCUUCGUGUUCCAGGUGUUCUGUGUGGCUCUGUGGGCCCUGGACGAGUACUUCUACUACUCGGCCUUCACGCUGUUCAUGCUGGUCACCUUUGAGAGCACCGUGGUGGGCCAGCGCCUGCGCAACCUCAAGGAGCUGCGCAGCCUGCAGACGGCCAAGCAGCCCAUCUUCGUGUACAGGAGCGGCAAGUGGGAGCUGAUGCCGGGCGAGUCGCUGCUGCCCGGAGACGUCAUCUCCAUCGGCCGACCCACCAGCGACUCCUCCGGCUCCGGCGGCGACCAGGUGGUGCCCGCCGACUGCCUGCUGCUGGCCGGCAGCUGCAUCGCGGAGGAGGCGGUGCUCACGGGCGAGAGCACGCCGCAGUGGAAGAGCAACAUCGGCGACGAGGUGUCGUCCGAGUCCGCCGGCCGCUCGCGGUUGUCCAACAAGGCGCACAAGCACCACAUCCUGUUCGGCGGCACCAAGAUCCUGCAGCACAGCGGCGACAAGGCGGCGCGCAUCCGUACCCCCGACGGCGGCUGUCUGGCGGUGGUCCUACGCACCGGCUUCGAGACGGCGCAGGGCCGGCUGAUGCGCACCAUCCUGUUCUCCACGGAGCGUGUGUCCGCCAACAACGCCGAGGCGGGGCUGUUCAUCGCCUUCCUGCUGUGCUUCGCGCUGGCGGCCGCCUACUACGUGCUGGUGCACGGACUGGAGGACCCCACCCGCAGCCGCUUCAAGCUGUUCCUGAACUGCGUCAUGAUCGUCACCUCCGUCAUCCCGCCCGAGCUGCCCAUGGAGCUGUCGCUGGCCGUGAACGCCUCGCUGCUGGCGCUGGCCAAGAAGCGCGUGUUCUGCACCGAGCCCUUCCGCAUCCCCUUCGCCGGCAAGGUGGAGGUGUGCUGCUUCGACAAGACCGGCACGCUGACCUCGGACCACCUGCUGCUGGAGGGGCUGGUGGGAGACCCCGAGCCGCGCCCGCCGCCGCCGCCCGCAGCCACACCCGCCGGCGAGGAGGGCGGCGCCAGCAGCAAGAGCGGCAAGCGCGUCAAGUUCAGGGACGAGCCCAAGGAGCUGGGCAAGGCCAAGGCCGGCGGCGACCUGGAUGCGGACGAGCUGGCAGACCCGCACCUGAUCAAGGACCCCAGGCGCUUCGGCGCACGUGCCACCCUGGUGCUGGCGGCGUGCCACAGCCUGGUGCAGGUGAUGGCUCAGGAGGAUAGCAAGGACAAGGAGAAGGAGAAGGCUGACAAGGACAAAGCGGACAAGGACAAGAGCGGUGGCGGCAAGGAGAAGGACAAGGAGAAGGACAAGGAGCGGGAGAGCGAGGUGGUGGGAGACCCGCUGGAGAAGGCGGCGCUUGAGACCACCAACUGGUCCUUCUCGGGCGGCAGCACGGGCGGCGGCGGCGGCGGCAGCGGCGUGGACAUGUCGUUCUCGCCCGACCGCCGCGUGCGCGCCACACUGCUGCACCGCUUCCACUUCUCGUCGCACCUCAAGCGCAUGUCGGCGGUGCUCCGGGUGGAAGACGACACGCCCGGCCUCCUGGGCGCCUCGCCCUACGCCUACGGCGACAGCCCGGCGCCCGGCGCCGUGCCGCCGGGGCCUGCCGCCACCGGGCCGCAGUUCGUGGUGGUGGCCAAGGGCGCACCGGAGGUGAUCAAGGGCCUGCUGGCCUCGGUGCCCUCCGACUACGACGCCCAGUACAGGCGUUACGCGGCGGAGGGCGCCCGCGUCAUUGCGCUGGCGCACAAGGCGCUGUCGCCGGACCUGGACUCGACCUCGGUGCGGGCGCUAAGCCGGGAGGCGGUGGAGUCGGAGCUCAACUUCGUGGGCUUCGCGGUGUUCCAGUGCCCGCUCAAGCCCGAGAGCGAGCCGGCGCUCAAGGAGCUCAGCCAGUCGGCGCACCAGCUGCUGAUGAUCACGGGCGACGCGCCGCUGACGGCCUGCUACGCGGCGGCGCGGGUGCACAUCGUGACGCGGCCGGUGCUGGUGUUGGGCCACGUGGAGGAGGACCGGGGACACGCGGGCGGCAGCGCGGGGGCGCGGGAGCCCGGCACGGAGCCGGACGCGGCGUUCGUGUGGUCCAGCCCGGACGAGGCGGUGCAGCUGCCCUUCAGCCGCGUGUGGGACGACAUGCUCAAGGUUGCCUCCGAGUACGACCUCUGUGUCAGCGGCGACGCGCUGGCGCACGCCGCCGCCGUGGGCGCAGCCGACAAACUCAUCCCGCUGUGUCAGGUGUUUGCGCGUGUGUCGCCCGACCAGAAGGAGCUGGUGGUGAAGACGCUGCGGGCGCACGGGGCGGUGACGCUCAUGUGCGGAGACGGCACUAACGACGUGGGCGGACUCAAGGCUGCACAUGUGGGCGUGGCACUGCUGACGGCCAGCGAGGGCUCCAAGAAGAAAAAGAAGAAGGACAAGGAGAAGGAGAAGGAAAAGCCCGUCGUCAAGAAGGGCCAGGGCACACUCAAGAUGGAGGAGUGGAUGCGGAAUAACCCCGGCAAGCCCGUGACGCCGCAGAUGGAGCGCUGGGCCAAGAUGAUUGACCAGAUGGAGGGCGCUGCCGGACCCAUGGACGCCGACCUGCCCAUGCUCAAGCCCGGCGACGCCUCCAUGGCCUCGCCCUUCACCGCCAAGGCCACCAGCGUGGCGCCGGUCACCGACAUCAUCAAGCAGGGCAGGUGCACGCUGGUGACGACGGUCCAGAUGUUCAAGAUCCUGGGCCUGACCUGCCUGUCCACCGCCUACUCGCUCAGUGUGCUGUACCUGCAGGGCGUCAAGCUAAGCGACACGCAGGCCACGGUGACGGGCAUGCUGUCCGCCGCGCAGUUCCUGUUCAUCAGCCAGGCCAAGCCGCUGGAGGCGCUGGGCCCGGUGCGGCCGCACCCCACCAUCUUCAACGCCUACUUUUUCGGCUCGCUGCUGGGGCAGUUCGGAGUGCACCUGGCGCUGCUGAUCUACUUUUACCGCAUGGCCCUGGCCGCCAUGCCCGAGACCGACCGCCUGGGCAGCGACAGCGAGUUCAAGCCCAACCUGGUCAACACCGUGUGCUACAUCGUGCAGGCCGUGGUGCAGAUGAUGACGUUCGCGGUCAACUACGUGGGGCACCCCUUCAACAGCAGCCUGGUGGAGAACCGCGGGCUCUUCAACAGCCUGCGCAUCAGCGCCGCCUUCCUGUUCGUGGUGGCUACAGAGAUCGUGCCGGACAUCAACAACUCCAUCGGCAUGGUGCCUAUCCCCCAGAACAUCAAGGCGCAGCUGAUCACGCUGUGCUUCGCCGCCUUCGUGGGCACCUGGCACCUGGAGCGCCUGCUGCGCGCGCUGUUCCCCGCGCCCAUCCCGCCCGCCAAGGGCUACCAGGUCUACGCCGCCGACGUGAAGCGGCUGCAGCGGGCCGGAGUCAUCCGCAAGAAGCUGGAGUGAUGUGGCCUAGAGGGCUCUGAUGUGGAUUCGCGGGCUCUGAUGUGUACCGUAGUAGAGGGCCUUGGUGUGGCAUAGAGCGACGUGGGGAGUCUGAGCGGUUGAGGGCAGGGACUGGGCUGCUGGGUCCGAGAGCUGGGCUGGGCCCAGGAGUUUUGCAAGGGCCCAGAGCCAAGCUGGUUCGCUGUGGGCGAGGCUGCUGAGGAGCAAGGAGCUCGACUGAUGUGGCGGGGGAUGGCUGCUGAGGGGGUGGGUGGAGAGAGGCCCAUUGACGGCGCACAUCAGGACGUCACGGCACAGGGGAGGAAACUUAGUGAGCGGGCGAGUGACCCACAGUGACGGGUGCAGUGGCGCUUGCGACACGGAGAGGCGGAGCAGACGUGUGGAUGGGGAGGCUGGGGCGAGAGGUUGGGAUGGGGUGGGGUGGGGGGGUCGUGACAGGUGGUCAAGGUGGGUGGCAGUCAGCCCGUAUGCGGGCUAUCGUACCACUGGUGUGGGACCAGUCGGCGGCGAAGGGCUGGGCAGGGCUGGACGCGUGCAGGAAGGAUGCGGUGGGCUUGGGUGCUAGCUCUUGUGCAGAGCGACAGGUAGCACGUUCUGGAAGGAUUGCAGGGCUGCAGCACGAGAGCGCGCGGACAUUGUGCUGCCUGUGGCGGCAAGCUUGUAAUGUCGGCCUGAG